AUGAAAAUUUACUACAUCGGCGUACUUAGAAACACCACAGAAAAGGCGCUGGAGCUAUGCUCGGUCAAGGACUUGUCUCAGUUUGGGUUUUUCGAGAGAAAUGGUGUGGCCCAGUUUAUGACGUUCUUCUCAGAAACAGUGGCCGCUAGGACUUCUGCUGGUCAGAGACAGAGUAUUGAGGAGGGAAACUACAUCGGUCAUGUCUAUAGCCGGGCUGAAGGAUGUUGCGGAGUCCUCAUCACAGACAAAGAGUAUCCUGUGAGGCCUGCGUACACCUUGCUAAACAAAAUACUGGAUGAGUAUCUGGUCGCGCACCCACCAGCGGAGUGGCGCGACAUCACAACCACGAACGAUGGCCUCGGACUCAAGGAGUUGGAUAUCUACAUCUCCAAGUAUCAGGACCCAUCCCAGGCGGACUCUAUAAUGCGCGUACAGCAGGAGCUGGAUGAGACUAAGAUCGUGCUCCAUAAGACCAUCGAAUCUGUUCUGCAGAGAGGCGAGAGGCUUGACAAUCUGGUCGACAAGUCAGAGAGCCUGUCUGCAAGCUCUCGUAUGUUUUACAAGCAGGCCAAGAAAACCAACUCGUGUUGUACACUUAUGUAA